UUUCGCCGAUCGAAUACCAACCGCACAGCCCGCGUACCCCUUGAUCGGCAAUAUUCCCCUGCGAUGGGAUUUAUCAUCUGAACAGGCAUUCCAAAAUAUGGUUGGAUUUUUCGGCCAAAUCGAUCGACUGGGAAAACUUAUGCUCGGUCCGUUGUUUCCGAUUCUUAUCGUGAACCAUCCCGAUUUAGUGCAGGAGGUACUGACGCAGAGAGACAUUUGUGACAAACCAUUCCUUUACGAUUUUCUGGGCCUUGAGGCUGGGCUGAUCGCUCUACGAUCCGGAGAGAAAUGGCGCCGCGUAAGGAAACUUCUCAACCCAACGUUCAACACCAAAAUGCUGACGAGCUUUCUGCCGAUCAUGGGGUUGCGAGCAUCCAAAAUGAUUGCAAAACUACGGCCACUGGCAGAUGGCCACACUGACAUCGACAUCGUCCAGUUCAUCGGUGAAUGCACCCUGGAAAUGAUUUUCAACACGACGAUGGCACGAGACGCCAACGAACUGCCCGGGCAGCGGGAUUACAUUCGAAACCUGGAAAUCAUACAGAAUACGAUCGGGAAAAGAGCUUUGAAUGCCAACCAAUACUUGGGAGUGUUGUAUCGAAUAAGUAGAGCAUAUGAAACCGAGCAUAUCGCCAGAGGUUACUGUAAUGAAAUUGCGGAUAAGAUUAUAACCGAAAGACGAAAAGAGCUUGACGAAACUUUAACUGAAUCUGAGGUCGACGAAAACGAAUUCCACACGAAGACAUUGAAUUUUCUGGAUAGGCUUCUUGAAAUACAAAAGGAAAAUAACCUAAUAUUUUCAGAUUCGGAAAUUUCCGAUCAUCUCCACACUAUAAUGGCUGCUGGCUACGAUACAUCAUCUCUCACUGUUGCCUACAGUUGCCUGUUCCUGGCAAUGCAUCCCGAUAUUCAGCACAAAGUUCGGAACGAAAUGAAUGAAGUAUUCCAUUCGUCCUCGGUGGAUAUCAGUAAUGAAACGCUCAAACAACUGGAAUACACGGAAAUGGUAAUCAAAGAAGUUCUUCGGAUGUGCCCAACAGCACCCAUAAUCGCUCGUCAAACGGCCAACGAGAUCGAGCUUGACGGUAUUCGUAUUCCUAAAGGCCAAAUUAUUGCCAUAAAUUUCUUUACAUUACAUCGACGCAAGGACAUCUGGGGCCCAGAUCCGGAACAUUUCAAUCCGGAACGUUUCCGGCCCGAGACAACCGAAGGACGACAUCCGUUUGCUUACUUGCCGUUCAGUGGUGGAUUGCGGUAUUGCAUCGGUUCACGAUAUGCCAUGAAUUCAAUGAGAAUUUUGCUACUGAAAAUUGUACAGAAUUUCGAGAUCCAAACUGACCUGCGCUACACCGAUCUUAAAUUUAAAUACGAAAUUUCACUUAAACUGGCAGGACCCCACAGCGUUCGAUUGGUGAAACUGAAUAAAUCCUAAGUGUUCGUCAGUCGGAAGCUUAGAUUUCGCAAAUUCUGUUUUAAUCUAGCAUUAUAGCGGGGCUUAUUUGUGCCUCAUCAGGCAUUUAUUCUUUGCACUCAUAUGACAGCACGUGAAACAACGAAUGUUAUUACAAUAACUUUAUA